CGGUGAGGGGGUUAGGGCGGGGCCAGACUCCGCGUUGUAUAUAUAGAGAGGCGAGAAUACUGUCUGACACAGCCGCUUCGCUACCGACAACCAACCAUGAGGACUCUGAUCGUUGUACUGUUGGCCGCCUUCGUGGCAGCAGAGCAGAAGCGCGAGGCUGAGCCCUCAUACGGCCUCACUAACUACGGCCACGGUUAUCGUUACGGACAUGGGCACAGCUACGGCUACGGACCAGUGGCAUCUUACCACCCCUACGGCCUCCAUUCCGCCAGCCACUCCUACAACCAUAUCCUUCACAAGCGUGAUGCUGAACCUUCCUACGGUCCCGGGUAUGGCUACGGACAUACCGUUGGUUACGGCCAUGGCUAUGGACAUGGACAUGGAUAUGGCCAUGGAUAUGGCCAUGGUUAUGGCUUCGGACAUGGUAUUGGAAAGAGAGCUGCUGAGCCCAGCCAUAUCUAUGGUUACUCUGGGCACGGGUACGGUUACCGCCCUGCGUAUGGCCACUCCUACCAACACAGAUACGGCUACUAUUAAAACUCUUCUGUCGGCUACUAUUAAAACUCUUCUGUCAUGUUGCACUGAAAUAAAACUAAACUUUCA